CUACAUCUCCGGGUAUUUUACAAGAGUAAUAAAUAUGACGAAGGAGAUGAAGGAGAUGAAGGAGAUGAAGGAGAUGAAGGAUAAGCAGGAUAUGCAGGAUAUGAAGUAUAUGGAGGAGAUGAAGGAGAUGAAGGAGAUGAAGGAGGUGAAGAAGAAGAUGAAGAAGAUGAAGAAGAUGAACGAGAUGAAGGAGAUGAAGAAGAUAGAGAUGGAUAUGAAGGAGAUGAUGAAGGGGAUAAAGAGGGCUACGCAGAAGCAGGCUGGGGCUGUAACAUGGGUCUAUUGGGACAUCAAGAUGUGCCCGGUUCCCGAUGGCUUUCAUCCUCGUCUCGUCCGUCCGAGUAUUAAGCGGUUAUUGGAGAAGAAUGGCUACCGUGGUCCUCUCAACGUCACUGCCUAUGGCAAACUAGCGGACGUCCCUCUUGAAACCCUGAGAGAGGUCUUUUCCAGUGGAAUCAAUCUUCAACUUCUCCCCCACGGUGACAUUUUAGAAUACAUUGGUUUGUCAUAUCCAGAUCCAGCUAAUAUUAUGGUCAUAUCCGAUCCAAAUGCCUACUCUAAUUCAACUCUCGGUCUACAAUCACUCGGCAAAAUNAGAGAGUCUCAAGUCUUCUGUUUCUGA